AUUCGCUUGCCCCUACGACUGUGAUUCUCAACGAGUCUAAUCAGAGCACUUGAGAUGUGUGACAAGACUUUCAUCCAGGGAAGAUUUACUCACAUCUUACAUGUUGUACGCGCCAUGGACUCAAAUCGAGAUACUUCUCAAUUUUGGGAUACGAAAGGAUGCAACCUGCAUGCCCUGAUCCAACCGCCCAACUCGCGACGAUGAAUUUCUACAAUACAACAUAAAUGGACUUCUCCUGUGCAAAAUUUUGCAAACAACAAGCAACUGUAUUCGUCAAUCAGAUAUCUUCACACCUACUACACCAAUCAUGCGCCAGUCAGCCACUCUUCCCAUCGUCUUUCUCAUGCUCACGGCCAGUACCAUCACUGCCAACACCUUCAACCCCUCUCGAACCGGCAUACUUAAGCGUGAAGCCCAACUCUCCUGCCCGGCCCAAACCUUCGACAUUCUCUGUGCUGCCGACUCCGGUACCACCAUCUGCCAUGACCGCCUCGGUGUAUGCUGCCAACUCUCCGACGGCAAGACGCCCUACACUUGCAACGGCAUGGACGAACCACACUGCUGCGGAACCGAUAAGCCGGCCUGCGGUGCAGACCCAACGUGCAAGAACAUCAAGGGCGAUCGCGAUGUUGUGAGCGCGCAAGAUGUCGUGUAUCCAACGGCUAUGACCGUGUCGGUGGCGUCUAGCAUGACGGCGACGAGGCUAAAUCCGUUUGCGAGCGGGACUGCUGCAGCGACGGUAGAGCUGGCGACAGUGACGGGGGAGAGAAACCCGAAUGUUACUGGCGGGGCGGAUGUUUUGAGAUCUGAGGGGGUUAUCGAGAAAUGCAUGUUGGUAAUACUUGCUAUGGCGAUAGCGCUGCUAUAGAAUGCUCUAAGUAGUUGUAGGGUUCGGUAACGGUCGGUGGCUCGUGAUUUUAUCGUGUAUUGUGUUCUUCAUAUGUACAACCAUUAUAUCUGUCGUAGUAAACUAGAUGGCAAUGAAGAAGAGAACCUAACGUUGCCAUCCUGAUAUCAUCCCAUGGUAUCAUCCAUGGACUCUAUUGGUAC